AUGGCUUCGAAUAUGGUUGUCAAAGUUCAUCCAGUGGUUUAUGUGACCAUUGUGGAUUCGUUUUUGAGACGAAGAAAUUCGUCGAAGAACAGCGCAAAUGAAAAAGCUCUUGGAACUUUGAUGGGGUUCUACGAGAAAGGAGCUAUUCAAGUUACUAACUGUUUUGCUAUCCCAUUCAAUGAGAACAAUGAUGAUUUGGAACUUGAUGACCAAUUUAAUCAGCAAAUGAUCACAAUUUUGAAGAGAUCUUCUCCAAACGAGCAGCCGGUCGGAUGGUUCUUGACUGCUUCGGAUCUCACUUCUAACUGUUUAAUUUAUCACGAUUACUACAAUCGUGUGAUCUCUGAAAUCUCCGCUCGUCGCGAGACCCCGCCCAUUCUUGUGCUCACUGUCGACACCACAUUCGCGGGAGACAGCACGAAGCGCAUGCCUGUUCGUGCGUAUUUGCGCUCAAAGGCUGGAAUUCCAGGAGCGCCACAACCGCAUUGCGCUAUUUUCAAUCCUCUUCGCGUUGAACUCGAUGCGUUCCCAGGUGAAUGUAUCGCAAUGGAGUUGAUUGAGAAGGCUCUUGAUUCGCGCCGUCGUGAAGCCACUCUCGAAAGCGGUUUGGAACAAUUGGAGUCGAGCACUGGCGAUAUCAUCGGAUGGCUUGAGAGACUUCUGCAAUAUGUGAAUGAGGUUGUAGCAAAGGGAGAGAAGCCAGGUGAUGCCCAAAUUGGGCGAUCUCUCAUGGAUAUUGUUAGCACUGCAUCGGCUCAUUUGCAAACGGAUAAGCUUGACACUCUGGUCAAAAAUACAUUUAGGGACUAUGCCAUGGUCUCAUAUUUGGCAAAUUUGACUAAAACUCAGCUCCAAGUCCACGAGAAAUUGGUCUCGAAUUAA